CCGCCCCUCCCCCGCCCGGGCUGCUCCGUGGGCCGGGGCGCCGUGGGCUCGGCGGGGGAGCCGCGCCGCAGGAGCGUCAGGUGAGAGGGCGCCCGAACCAAGGUCAGCGGGCAUGGGGCGGGAUUGGGGCCGUCCACUACACGCACUGAGGACGUGCGACCUGGCGGGACCACGCCUUGCCCUGAAUCGCCCAGAACAGACCCGUGCUCUGGGGAUGCAGGCGAAGCCUUGGGGUACCUAGGUGCCUGGCUCGGUUUUCAUUCUGCGCCCGAUGGAGUCGCAGGGCUUCACCCCACCCCCCACCCCCCACCCCGCGCAGAUGGGCGCCCUGGAGGCAGUGUCAGCCAUCUCCAAGCCUAUGCGUGACGCCCGGGCCCUACCCAGCCGGAUUAGGGUUUGUCCGCCGAGUAAAAGGAUUUGUGUGCGGGCCUCCCAGGCUCUUCCCGCCGGGGCCCUCAUCCUUGCCCAGCUGGCCCUGUGACAUGGAUCCGCAUCUAGGGGUGCCCGUAUGAGCAGCAGCGCCCUGAAUCCCGAGGAGGAAGCUAAGAACCUUCUCUACUGGAGAGGCCUUGCUCCUGGAAGAUGGGUGUGGGCAAGCCCUUUUGCUCGAGGAGAUGAGUGCCAGGGGCCAAGAGAAAUCCCCUGGCUUCUUGGGGCUCGCAAACAUCCUGAGACACCAAGGAGCUGCCUCUGCCUGGGCCAAAGCUACUCCAUUAAAACUUUUGCUGUGCCUACUUCAUCUCUAGUGACUUUAAAUAAUCACUUUAAGUCAAGAUUUAAACAAUCAUUAAGGCCACCUAGUUCCUUUCUACAAGACUCACUCUUGAUAGUGGAAAACCUGGUGAACAGGGGGGUGCUCAGAGCAGGUACCACUUGAGGUGGAGCUUGAGGCUGGGUAACAGCCAACCCUCUGCCCUGCCACCCUGGUUGGUUUCUCAGCCCAAGUCCCCACCUUUAAAAUUGGACUCCUUGUGCCCGGAACUAGAUCCAGACCUUCCCGUCUCUCUAGGAUCACAGCUGCAUGUGCAUAAACACACUACAUUCCUUCAGUCCAGAAAGUCACUGUUGGAACUAUACUAGAAACCCAGUUGGUGGCCCAACCGUUCCAGGGCCCCACUGUCCCCCAAAAGAGGCACCUUUUGGGGAGCCAGCAUGGAGAACACAGGUCCAUAGCUUGGGAAAUGUUCUUCCCUAUCAUUUGCUUCAUCAUCCUACUCUCACAAGUUCCCAGAGAACAAACCCUCAUUCAGUAAGCUGUUCCACCCACCCCACUCCCAGGGCAGGACAAAGCAGGGCCUGGAUUUUUCUGUGGCUCUUGACUCCUCUAAGACUAGUUCUGCCCUGCCUCCCAUCAAGGACCUUAUCCAGGGGGUACAAAAGGGACCUCUGCUCUGGGCCUCACAAGAUCUCAUGCCAGUCCCCAGAGAGCAGAGUCCAAUGUACAAGGGGUGCUAUUUGCCUCCCCCUCUGGCCCAGGCUUGGGAACAGCUCUGGACUUCACCACCCAAAUGCUCCCAAGCCUGUAUCACCAUAUCUUACACCAGCCUCUUGCAAUGUAGGUCCAGAGUGGCUAGUUGGGAGGGUGUAGAGGGCGGUGCUACCUAGACAGACAUGCCCCAUGUGGCCUGUGUGCAAGACAGAGGACAUCAGAAAUUCAAAACUGGAACCUCAUGUCCCAAAUCCUUGACUGUUUUCGUUAAGAAAACGUUUUAUCAGUUUCUUAAAUUGAUUUAUAACUUUUCAAACAGUAGACACGGUGUGAGCUUCCAUCCAUGCUCUUCGCUGACUCUCAAGUGUUAGGGCAAGGCCUUGCCAAACUGUUUCAGGAAGUGCUUCCCAUCCCGGGCCCCGUUGUAGCAAAGCUGGUGAGGAGGUUGGCCUCGGGAGAUGGCCUCCGGAGCCCCGGCUCUGCUGCUGCUGUCGCUGCUCUGCCUGCCCAGUCUCCCGCCCGGAUCCACCAGCUGCCCGGCUGCCUGCCGCUGCUACAGCACCACGGUGGAGUGUGGGGCCCUGGGGCUGCACGUUGUCCCGCCAGGAAUCCCGCCUGGGACACAGACGCUGUUCCUGCAGGAUAACAGCAUCUCAUGCCUGGAGCUGGGCAUCCUGGCGCCCCUUGCCGCCCUUCACAGCCUCUACCUGCACAACAACAGCCUUCGCACCCUGGAGCCAGGCACCUUUCACGCACAGUCGCGCCUGCUGGAGCUCGCACUCACAGGCAACCAGUUGCGAGGCCUGCGCCUGGGGGCUUUUGCAGGCCUGGCUCAGCUGCGCAUACUCUACCUGGCUGGUAACCAGCUGAUGCAGCUGCUGGACUUCACCUUCCUGCAUCUGCCGCGACUGCAGGAGCUGCACCUGCAGGAAAACAGCAUUAAGCUGCUGGAGGACCAGGCCCUGGCCGGGCUCUCCUCACUGGCACUGCUGGACCUCAGCAGGAACCAGCUGGGCACCAUCAGCCAUGAGACCCUGCAGCCCCUGGCCAGUCUGCAGGUCCUACGCCUCACAGAGAACCCAUGGCGCUGUGACUGCGCGCUGCACUGGCUGGGAGACUGGCUCAAGGAGGCGGGGCAGAGGUUGCUCAGCUCCAGGGACAGGAAGAUCGUGUGCGCAGAGCCUCCACGCCUGGCCCUCCAGAGUCUCCUGGACGUCUCUGGCAGCAGCCUCAUCUGCAUCCCACCUUCUGUGCACGUUGAGCCGCUGGAGGUGACAGCCAACCUGGGUGAGAACCUGCGGGUGGCCUGCCAGGCUUCCGGCUACCCGCAGCCCCUGGUAACCUGGAGAAAGGUGGCCCAGCCUCGCGAGGGACAACCACGGGCCCAGGCCCCGCCCGAAGGCGGGGUGCCAGGCCCAGGCGGGCACGGAGCCUCCGACACGGGCAGCGGCAUGCUCUUUCUCACCAACAUCACCCUGGCCCACGCUGGCAAGUACGAGUGCGAGGCCUCUAACGCCGGCGGCGCCGCUCGGGUGCCCUUUCAGCUCCUGGUCAACGUGUCCCAGCAGCAGCUGCAGGGGGCGCCCCCACCGGUGGCCGUGGGCCCCGCGCCCCUGCCCGAGGCGAGCAGCAUGGCCUUCCGCGCCCUGGGGCUGGCCACGCAGACGGUGAUCGCGGCGGCCAUCGCGCUGCUGGCGCUGACGGCGAUGCUGCUGGCGACCCUCAUCUGUCGCCGGCGCCGGCGGCGGAAAAAGGCGCCCGGGCCGCCGGGGGAGGGCGCGCUGUUCGUCAACGACUACUCGGACGGGCCCUGCACCUCCGCGCAGCUGGAGGAGCUCCGCGGCGAGCGGGGCCACGAGAUGUUCGUCAUCGACCGCUCCAAGCCGCUCUUCGCCGAGGCCCCAGCACAGGGCGCGGCGCCCGGGCCGGCGCAGGGGUUCCCGCUGCAGCCUCCCUCCGCCUAUGAGAUCCACUGCUGAGGGCGGGGCGGGCGACGCGCGCUGAUGACGCAGGCCCGGCGGAUUGGCCAGUCGGCGGACUCCGUUCGCGCAUGCUCCGGCGUGAUCAGUAAAGGGUGGAAGCUGCGCGGUGUGAA